CGCAGCCACCCGCGAUCCUCACAACCACAAACAAUCCCCGUUCACGUGCCGCCCCUGCGUUUUACCUGCGGAAGCACAUUACCAAUCGCGGCGAGUCUACCUUUAACAGCAAACCGUCGCGGAACCUUGAAUAUGAAAUAAAACAUUCCCCAUAAACAGUCGGUAGCUUUUCGUCGAAUUUCCGCCGAAAAAACGCGUGUGGCAGUUUUGUUGACACCUGUCAAAACGCAUCAUUGAUGAAAUCGAUCGGAAUAGAGUAGUGUCCCGUCGCCAUGUCGCAAAGCAGCGCCGUUUACCAGCCCACGACCGUCACCUACGAGGCGAACGGCCGCCAGGAGCGGUGGCAGGACAGACCCAUAAGCUAUUUGGCGUCUUCAGUGACCCAAGCCGCCCGGAGACCUUGUGGGCUGUCGUGUCUCCCGUCGCGGAACCUGCUGCCGAUCGUCCUCAUCACGUCAUGCGUGGCUUCGUUUUCGUUAGGGCUGGUGAUGCUCAUCCAUGGCGCCAUGGGGUAUUCCGACACGCCAGAAGACAAAGAAGAAGUCUACUUAGUCAUUACUAUUUUCGGGGCGAUUUUCUUCGCUCUCUCGAUAUUGCUAUUUGUGUUUUUUAUGAGGUUGACCCGCCGGAUUUGCUGGAGGAACGCGAAAGACCACUUGAACGCGUCCGGGGGGCAGGCGCUCACUGUUAAUCCGUCUACUGACUUUUUGGUUUCUGCUCAAUACGCCCCUGUGUCGGAGGUGGCGUAUCAACCAGCCCAGGAGGACACAGAACAGAGCAAGCUGAUGCCCCAAGAAAAUAAAGAGUUGAUAAACGAAGAUACGGACCGUAUGGUCGAGAGUGACCCCCGGAUUGUGCUACGUCCUUUGAACCCAUCCGCCCACGAAGAGACUUAAGUUCAACGAAAAACGUCCACGUAACGAUUACAUUGUAUAAAAUGUAUCUUAAUUUAGUCUACACAAUCACUUAGCUUAUCACUUAACCAGCUGUGAGUACUUUAAGAAACGAUGCUUCCGCUUAAGAGUUAUUUUUGAAACAGCAAUAGAAAUUCGAUGUUGAAGUCGUGCACCGUAGAAUAGACGAAACGUCGCUAUUUUCUUAAAAAUUACGCUGGUUCGUAAUGUACUUAAGAAAUCUCUUGAUGUAGAUCUGUAUUUUCGAAACAUUCCAAACUAUCCCUCCUGGAUUUCCUCGUGAAAAGACAUGACGACUGCAUUUAUUAGUUGUAACGUAAUUUAUUUGUUUAGGUUAGUCUGGUUGUUUUUUUAAGGAAAACUUUACAAAUCCGUUGUUCUUAAUCUUUUCUAAAUUAAACAAAGUAACAACAA